CCAGAUAUUAACGAACUGAAUUUGCCGAAAACAUGCGAAAUAGAUUUCUCCGACCAGGACGACCUCCUCAACUUCAAGCUAGUUAUCUGCCCUGACGAGGGUUUCUAUAAAGGGGGCAAGUUCGUCUUCAGUUUUAAGGUCGGCCAAGGCUACCCUCACGACCCUCCCAAGGUGAAGUGUGAGACCAUGGUGUAUCACCCCAACAUAGACCUCGAGGGCAACGUCUGCCUAAAUAUCCUCAGAGAGGACUGGAAGCCUGUACUAACAAUAAACUCUAUAAUUUAUGGUCUGCAGUAUCUCUUCUUGGAGCCAAACCCCGAAGACCCCCUGAACAAAGAGGCCGCCGAGGUCCUUCAGAACAACAGACGCCUGUUUGAGCAGAACGUGCAGCGCUCCAUGCGAGGCGGCUACAUCGGCUCCACCUACUUCGAGCGCUGUCUCAAAUAGAACUGACCAGCCG